UCUAUACAUAAUCUGUUUGUCGGCUGUAUAUUCUAGGCUUAAUCCUUGCCGAUUCUCAAAGUGUCCUGCCACAUCAGGUGUAUACAGGACUGCAAACUUAUAUUUCUUUUUCCAAACGUUUAUCUCUCUCUCAUUUAUAGCACAAGCGGACCAUGUCAGCCCAUCAAGCUGACCCUGAUGAAUACCUGUCAGUGAAUGAAGAGUCUCCCAAGGGAGUUCUUCCAAAACCAUUACACAGCGUGACCUACCAAACGUUCCGCCUCUACUUAAUCUUUACAUUUUUCAGCAUUGUUGGGGUUUUGGCCCGCGUGGGACUCACUGAUUUAACCACAUACAACGGAAACUAUGUCGGCGGUGUCAUCUGGGCGAAUUUUGCCUCCUGUUUUGUUAUGGGAGCGUUUGGCUUCUCCUCCAACGAGGGAUUUUGGGCUCGUGUGUUACGUAGCACGGGCGCCGCCUCCAAAGCAAAGUUGCCAAUGUACACGGGCGUGACCACCGGCUUUUGUGGUACCCUAUCGUCAUUCUCUACUCUCCUUCUCCAAGUGUUUUAUCAAGCAGCCAACUUGACAAACGGCAAAACAUUCCACUUUCCUAAUCGUGGCGGCUACGGCAUCAUGGAGUUUUUUUCGGUGAUCAUCACCCAACUAGCCGUAUCCAUGGCCGGCCUAAACUUGGGAAAACACUUUAUGAACAACGUGGUGGAAAAGCGUUACUCUCUUACCCCCACGUUGUACAGGUUUGUUGAGCUCGGGUGUGCCGCUAUGGGAGUAGUAUCCUACGUUGCCGUGUUGGUGCUUACAAUAGUGCUUCCACAGUGGAGGGCAUGGCUCUUCAGCUGCUUGUUCUCCCCCUUUGCAUGCUUUCUCCGGUAUAAUUUGGCGCAGUAUUUGAACCUGAUAGUGCCUCAGUUUCCGCUUGGAACGUUUGCUGCCAACACUCUCGCCGUGGUGGUGCUAAAUAUUGUCACCCUUCUUAACCGUGGAAAGUCACCUUCACACAGUGGAAGACUAGUAACAAAGGUUAUACAAUGUCAGGUCCUAACCGGCUUUGCGGACGGGUUUUGCGGAACUUUGAGCACCAUUAGUACGUUCAUUAUGGAGUUGUGUUUGAUAUCGAGAAUGUUUCCUGAUGGCAGAGGAAUGGGGUACUCGUAUAUGUAUGGGGCUAUCAGUGUGAUGGUUUCGUUUGCUUUGUUGGUUGCGAUUUUGGGUAGUUACUCCUGGAAGGUGGGUCUACUGGAAACCAUAUGUGCUACGUAGACUUCCCCACAACCAAACUGCCGCUUCUGUUUUUUUAGUCUUUGUUUUCAAUGUUAUUUCUUUAUAAUUCCAGAAUUUGAACCUCAGGAA